AUGAGUAAAUAUAAAAAUACAAAUAAAUAUCAAUCACUUUACAAAUCAUGUAAUUAUGAUCUACCUAAAAUCUUAUUUAUAGAAACUAAAGAUAAAGAAUCUGAAGAGAAUACUUCAAAUAACACUAAAUAUAAUUGGUUAUAUAAUAAUACGAAGUUACUAUCUAUAUUCUUACUUUCCCUAAAUUCAAAGAUUGUCAAUAUAAAAUUAAGAAAUGGAAUAAUUAUUAGUGGAAUUCUAGAAUAUAGAAAAGUUGAUAUUCCUAAAUAUCAAAGGAGAUCUUUGAAUUACAAAUAUAUAUACAUGAUUAUUAUUAAUAAUGUAGAAUAUAUUAAGAAUACUAGGUCUUAUAUUAAAUUCAAUAUACCACAAUGUAAACAAAUCUAUAUCCCUACUACUUCUAUAUCAUCUAUGACAUCUCCAGAAGUUAUUAAUCCAGCAAGAUAUCUAUUCAAUUAUAUAAAGACAACAACAUUAUAUCUAAAAAGUCAUGAUUAA